UAUCAUCAUCCACCACAACGCCGACGACGUCCUCCAUAUUCAUUCCUUAACUUAUUCUGGGUCGCUCUGGCUUGUUUGUUCGAAAAAUCCAACUUGUCGAACUUAGAAAAGACCUGCGCUGCCCGACCACACUUGUCCGUGUUCGGAGAGGCUUGCUAGAUGUCGUUCUUCAAGCGCUCCCAGCCGUCUGAUGUCCUGGAGGCGGACGACCACGACGAUAAUGUCGACCCAGAGCUUCGACUUCGAACUGUGCGCACUGCCGCGUCGACCCUCGCAGAGUCGAUACGGUCGGAACAGAGGGCAGAGCGCAGGAAGUCUCUUCGACAGAAGAAGUCCCGAUUCUUUCGAAACAAGAGUACGGAGAAGAAGAGGCCUGCACCGGUGGACGAUAAGCCGCCACCGGACACGAAGCCGUCGUUGGAGGUGCCGGGAGUGAGGAGGAAUAUCUACGUGAACACACCGUUGAUGGCUACCGAGGUGGACCAGCACGGGGAGCCCCUGGCACGUUAUGUACGGAAUAAAGUCCGGACGAGCAAAUAUACGAUCAUCACGUUUCUACCGAAGAAUCUGUACGAGCAAUUCAGGAGAGUGGCCAACCUAUAUUUCCUUCUCCUCACCAUUCUUCAAGUCUUCACUAUUUUUGGCUCCGCCUCGCCACAGACCGCUGUACUACCCCUCUUAUUCAUCAUAACGGUCACCGCCAUCAAAGAUGGCAUCGAGGACUACCGCCGAGCUUCACUUGACGAAGAGGUGAACACCUCAGCGUCCACCAAGCUCGGCAACUGGCGCAACGUCAACACCCCGACGGAUCCGAGGAACUGGUUCGAGAAGCUCUUCCGCAUCAAUCCUCCAGGGAAAGUCACUAAGGGCGUGCGCAGACUCCGCGAACGCGAGGCGGGCGAGGGUAUGCGCAUCAUGCUCUCGCGGGGAGACGGCGAGCGUAUCAGUCUGGGUGGGCCGAGCAGCAGUAGUUUCAGUCUCGACGGAAGGUAUGGCGCUGGUGGUAGGAAACUGGAGGACAUCCAGAGCGUCGAUUCGCACAGCUACCCGCCCGGUAAUGGAGUAGGAGAGCCGUCGGAGAUCUCGCUCGUCGCUGGCGCGAAUCAGGUCGUUUCUGCACCCAGGUUGCCGUACUCGGCGUCUGAAGUCGGUGGAUGGAGUGCAUCCGAGACGUUGGCAACGUCGGGCUCGUCGGGGGUCAUCAAUUGGUCGAAACGGAUCACCGGGGUGUCGAGGUGGGAACGGACGUUGUGGAAAAAGUUGGAGGUGGGGGAUGUGGUGCUGUUGAGGGACAACGAGCAGGUCCCCGCGGAUAUCAUCGUACUCUCGACUUCGGACCCGGACGGGAUGUGUUACCUCGAGACGAAGAACCUGGACGGAGAGACGAACUUGAAGCCGAGGAAGGCGUUACGGGCGACGUCGCACAUCAUGUCGGAGGAGGACGUCGAGCGGUCGGCAUUCAUCCUCGAUUCGGAACCGCCACAUCAGAAUCUGUACAUCUAUAACGGCGUUUUACGGUAUACCGAUCCCACGACUGGAGAGUUGAAGCUCGAGUCGGCCACGAUCAACGAAAUGCUCCUCCGUGGAUGCUCUAUACGAAACACGGCGUGGAUCAUCGGUUUGGUCGCGUUCACUGGCGCGGACACGAAGAUUAUGCUCAACGGUGGUGCAACCCCUUCCAAACGGUCGAAGAUCGAGAGGGAGACCAACUUCAACGUCAUCGUCAACUUCGUGAUUCUCAUCAUCAUGUGCGCCGUUUGUGGUGUGGUGAACGGAAUCUUGGAUGCUAGGACGGGCACGAGCGCGGAGUUCUUCGAGGCUGGUUCAGACCCGAGCGCCUACCCCGUCGUCAAUGCAAUCGUCACCUUCGCUUCAUGUCUCAUCGCCUUCCAGAAUAUCGUCCCCAUCUCGCUCUACAUCUCAAUCGAAAUCGUCAAAACCAUCCAGGCAUUUUUCAUCUCACAGGACCUCGACAUGUACUAUAAACCCUUCGACACGACCUGCGUCCCCAAGACCUGGAACAUUUCCGACGACCUCGGCCAAAUCGAGUACAUCUUCUCCGAUAAAACCGGCACGCUCACGCAGAACGUCAUGGAGUUCCAGAAAUGCUCCAUCAAUGGCAUUGCGUACGGCGAAUCUGUGACCGAAGCCCAGCGCGGCGCCGCAAAACGAAAAGGCUCGUCGGACUUGCUCGACCCAGAGACGCACGAGCGAAAAAUGGUGAUGAUGAAGCAGGACAUGUUGCAGACGAUGGGCCGGACGUUCAAGAACCGGUACGGCCAACCCGACAAGCUCACGCUCAUCUCGACGCACCUGGCGGACGACAUGGCCAACAGGCAAUCCGACCAACGACAACAUAUCGCGGCGUUCUUUCGUGCGCUCGCCGUCUGUCAUACCGUCCUUUCGGAUAAACCGGACGCUCGGAACCCAUUCUUGCUGGAUUAUAAGGCUGAGAGUCCGGAUGAGAGCGCGCUGGUCGCGGCGGCGAGGGAUGUUGGGUUUCCGUUCGUGGGCAAGGGGAAGGACGGGAUCGACAUAGAGGUUAUGGGCCAGGCGGAGCGGUAUCUUCCGCUCAAGGUCCUCGAGUUCAACAGUACCAGGAAACGGAUGAGCGUGCUCGUGCGGAACCCGCAGGGUCGGAUCGUCCUCUACUGCAAAGGUGCCGAUAGCGUGAUUUACGAACGACUCGCGGCGGAUCACGACCCGGUGCUGAAGGAGAAGACGUCGAAGGAUAUGGAGAUGUUUGCGAAUGGGGGGUUGAGGACGCUGUGCAUUGCGUGGCGGUAUGUGGAGGAGGAGGAGUAUUUGCAGUGGUCGAGGACGUAUGAUGCGGCGACGUCGGCUAUCAAGGACAGGGAUGAGGAGAUCGAUAAGGCGAACGCGUUGAUUGAGCAUUCGUUGAUAAUCUUGGGCGCCACGGCACUCGAGGAUAAGUUGCAGGAGGGUGUACCGGAUGCGAUUGAGACUCUGCAUCGAGCGGGAAUCAAGCUUUGGAUUCUGACUGGUGACAAGGUCCAGACUGCCAUCGAAAUUGCUUUCAGUUGUAACCUCCUGAAGAACGACAUGGAUAUCAUGAUCCUCUCGGCCGACUCUGUCGACGGCGCCCGUACUCAGAUCGAAGCAGGCCUCAACAAGAUAGCCUCCGUCCUCGGCCCUCCCUCCUGGGAUUCCAGCAAGCGCGGUUUCCUCCCCAACGCCAAAGCCUCCUUUGCCGUCGUCAUCGACGGAGACACCCUCCGCUACGCCCUCGAAACCGAACUCAAACCUCUCUUCCUCAACCUCGGCACCCAAUGCGAGACUGUCGUCUGUUGCCGUGUUUCGCCCGCCCAAAAAGCUCUGACCGUCAAGCUUGUGAAGGAGGGAAGGAACGCGAUGACGUUGUCGAUCGGAGAUGGGGCGAACGAUGUGGCGAUGAUUCAAGAGGCAAAUAUCGGGUGUGGAUUGUUUGGCCAUGAAGGGUCGCAGGCGGCGAUGUCGGCAGAUUAUGCGUUCGGGCAGUUCAGAUUUUUGACGAAGUUGUUGAUCGUGCAUGGGAGAUGGUCGUACCGACGGAUUGCGGACAUGCAUAGCAACUUCUUCUACAAGAACGUUAUUUGGACCUUUGCAAUGUUCUGGUUUAUGCCUUGGAAUAGCUUCGAUGCGACGUACCUAUACCAGUAUACUUUCGUCUUGCUGUGUAACUUGGUCUUCACGUCACUUCCCGUUAUCGUGCUUGGAGCUUUCGAUCAAGACCUUAACGCGAAAGCAGCCUUGGCCUUUCCACAGCUGUACGUACGCGGCAUCCGCGGCCUGGAAUAUACCCGCCUCAAGUUCUGGCUCUAUAUGCUCGAUGGUUUUUAUCAAUCCGGGGUCGUUUACUUUGUGGCAUAUUUCGUUUGGACGCUUGGGCCUGCGAUCUCCUGGAACGGAAAGUCCAUAGAGUCCCUAGCUGAUUACGGUACCACUAUCGCUGUGUCCGCGAUUUUUACAGCCAACCUCUACGUCGGCCUCAAUACCCACUAUUGGACCGUCAUUACAUGGCUAGUCGUCUUCGGCUCUACUCUUGUGAUGCUGAUCUGGAUCGUGAUCUACUCGUUCUUCUGGAGUAUCGAUUUUAUCGACGAGGUGGUCGUCCUCUUCGGCAAUGUGCUCUUUUGGACCACAGUGCUCCUUUCUGUGGCCGUCUCUCUCAUCCCUCGUAUCAUCGUCAAGUUCGUAGCUUCAGCGUACAUGUACGAGGACGCCGACAUCGUUCGAGAAAUGUGGGUGAAAGGCGACCUGAAGGAACGGCUCGGGAUCAAGCAUCGACGUGAUCUCACACGGACCAAAGAUAUCGAGCGGGCUCCGAUGUUCCUCAAGCCUCAUUCUCGCUCGCCCUCAGAAUACUCCGCUCACCAGGACGGAUACGAGCCGGCCUUGACGCACAGUCCAGGCGAACUCGCACUCUCGCCUCCGACGCGUUCUGAGACCCUCGUGGACACGCCACCGGCUCCUCCCACUCCAUACCAUGACGAUAUUCCCAAUCCUCAUGAAGAUCUCUACGCCGAACCACAGUACAUCAUCACGAAGGCGGAGACGAUCCGGGAAGAUGACGAAGAGGGCCCUCGAACACCUUCGCUGCCUAUGAACGCGUCAUCGCGAAAUUUCAUGUCGCCGUCCCCUGCGCUCUCGUACUAUUCGGUGUCGGACGUUCCGGUACCAUCCCCGAUGCCACAGCCGGUCUAUCGCCACCCUUCGACACCUUACGUUCCUCACUCGUACUCAUCACAACCGCCUACAAGAUCGAAUUCAGGUGCGAAUACGCUACAAAUUCCGAAUGCGUACGAGAUGCGCGUACGGACACCGCCCCAAGCGUACCCACAGCCUUUGUAUCAGCAGUCACAGCUAGAAACACGGUCGGAUCACGCACCACCGCCGCCAGAGAACUUCCAACAUGGUCGACCACCAGACGUCGAGCAGAGCGUCAUGCCUGUCCCGAGACGAGAGAUAUCAGAUGUGACGGAAGCCUCGUACGCUACUGCACGGCAGCAAGGCUCGGCGAGUGAUUUAGAUGCGGAGUCGGACUAUGAUUAUGAAGCACGGACUAUCAAUGAGGACGUCGAUGGGAACGGGGACUGGAGAGCAAGCACAUACUCGUACCAGGGUCCACGAGCGAUGUAGAGUAAGUUGUAGCCUUUUCGUCUCGUUCCUUAUUCCGUCCUUCACUCUUUCUUUUCUGUUGUCUUCCCUGGGAUUGUUUUCGUAGACCUUUCUUGCUUUCAUUCAUAUGCCUGUCAUUUACAUUCUCCCUCUCUUGUGCUACCCUACUCAUCUCGUCUAUCCACCCAUCCAUCCUCGGAAUUGCAUUGCUCCGUUUCUUCGUUCACUCGCUCGCGUGUUCCUCUUUUUGAAGACUUUUCCUGACCCUCAUUUUCUACAUUAUUUAUAACCUGCUUUGUCAACCUUUCGUGCACGAUUGCUCUGAGUCAUUCGCUCGUCCCUCGCCCAUUGUCACCACACAGCGUGUUUCUCUCGUAUUCCCGCCAGACGGACUUGUUCCAUCUUACAAUCUUUUCCAUACCUUCACGUGUAUAUCUUUGGACCUCUUCAGGCAUGGGCCCGUUCACUUAUCCACAGCUCGCCCUCUCGUUUCUAUUUCUUAGUCGUAUAAUUUGCUUAUUGUGCUCUGUUAUGUGCGGAUAGCUGGCAAUAUACCCGAG